CAACGGACUACAUCACCACAGCUAACAUCUCUAUUACUUCAGCCAUAAUAAAAAACACUUACUUCUCCUUGCUAAACAAUGGCUGCUUCUACAAUGGCUCUCUCUUCCCCUUCUUUUGCCGGAAAGGCGGUGAAGCUCUCACCAUCUUCCUCUGAAAUCACUGGAAAUGGAAAAGUCACCAUGAGGAAGACUGCUAGCAAGGCCAAGCCGGUCUCUUCUGGAAGCCCAUGGUACGGUCCUGACCGUGUCAAAUACUUGGGCCCAUUCUCUGGUGAGUCUCCAAGCUAUUUGACCGGUGAGUUCCCCGGUGACUAUGGAUGGGACACUGCUGGACUUUCAGCUGAUCCAGAAACUUUUGCCAAGAACCGUGAGUUGGAGGUGAUCCACUGCAGAUGGGCCAUGCUAGGAGCUCUUGGUUGUGUCUUCCCCGAGCUCUUGGCACGUAAUGGUGUCAAGUUCGGUGAGGCUGUAUGGUUCAAGGCUGGAUCCCAAAUUUUCAGUGAGGGUGGACUUGACUACUUGGGUAACCCAAGUUUGGUCCAUGCACAAAGCAUAUUGGCCAUUUGGGCUUGCCAAGUUGUAUUGAUGGGAGCCGUUGAGGGUUACCGUGUUGCUGGUGGACCUCUCGGUGAAGUUGUUGACCCACUUUACCCCGGUGGAAGUUUCGACCCAUUGGGCCUUGCUGAAGAUCCAGAGGCUUUUGCUGAGCUCAAGGUAAAGGAGAUCAAGAAUGGUAGA